AUGGACGGCGGGACCAGGCGGGUGGGGUGCCAGACGGACAGACUGGAGCCCACAAUGCUUAGUCAAAGUCCCUUGUGGGAUACAGCGCCACCUUCCCCCACCAAACGCUUCAAUGGCGGCGAUUUGGAGCUGGAAGAGGCGAUCAACCAGUCACUGUCCUGCGAGGCUCGCUCAGUGCGGCUUUAUCGGGACGAAGUGGACUCUUUGCGGGAGAAAGGUGCCCGGGUGGAGCGACUGGAAACAGAGCUGAGUCGAUGUAAGGAGAAGCUGAAUGAUGUUCACUUCUACAAGGCCAGGAUGGAGGAGCUCCGUGAGGACAACCUGACUCUGCUGGAGACCAAGAUGUUGUUGGAGGAGCAGCUGGCCGCCUCCAGGGGGCGCUGUGACAAAGUGCACACCUUGGAGAAGGACAACCUGCUGCUGCAGGCCAAAAUACACCACUUGGAAAUGGAGAGAGAGAGUGAGCGUCAGAGAGUGGAAGAGUUACAGGAAGAGAACAUGCUGCUGGAGAUAGGACAGAAACAGAGUAUGAACGAAUCAGCUCAUCUUGGAUGGGAACUGGAACAACUCAGCAAACACCAGGAUAAUUGUAGCUCAGAGACUCGGAAAUCCUUCGUACACGAGCUCAAUGAGUGUGUUUCCAGCCGGGUUUUAAAGCUGGAGAAGGAGAACGGGGAGCUCCAAGCCUCUGUUGAGAGACUGAAAGAAGAGAAGCACCUCCUGCAGGAGAGAGAGCUCCAUGGCCAAGUGCUGGACCAAGAGAACCAGACUCUCAGCAAGAAGGUGGAACAUCUCCAGGCCUUGUUGGACCAGGAGAAAGUGACCAACCAAGACAUGGAGUCUCUUGGAGAGGAACUGUUGAAGGACAAACACCUUCUGGAAGGACAGAUGCAGCUUCUCAGAGCAGACAAAGACAGACAGAUCUCUGAAUUGGAGAGCAAGAAGCAGAACCUGUCUGACGCGGUGGUGUCGCUCCGUGAGUGCACUCAGGCCAACGCUGAGACCGGGAUCCCCCAGGUGGAGGCUGAGAAGCGCCUGCUACACCAGCGCUUUACCCACACCAGCGCCCGCUUAGCCAGCCUGGAGAUUGAAGUCAAGCUCUCCAAAGAAGAAGAAGUGUGUCUGAGGGAGAGGGCGGGGAGAUGUGAGGAAGUGGAGAGUGACAUGGCUCGGGUGGAGAGAAGCAGGGACGCUCUCAGCAGAAAGGUGGCAGCUCUGCGUGCCUGCAGUGACACUUCAGAAGUUGUGGAGAAGCAGGUGUCCUCCAUGCAGCAGGAGAUGCUCGGACUCAAACGGGAGUUGGAGGAGGCCGAGCAAGAGCUUCAACAACUGAAAGCAGACAAGCAGGAAAACCUGGAGCUCCGUUGCUGUGUGGAAAAUCUGCGUUCAUCUUCUGCUCUGCUCACCAAACAACUGCAGGAAAGUAAGGAGGUGCAGAGACAAUCGCAAGAGGUGCAGAGAAGGUUUGAGGAGGUGGAGGCGGAGUUGCAAGGAGAGAGGAAGAGAAGCGAGAGACUGGAGGGGAAUGUUGCCACGGUAAACCAGGAGAAGUUCCAUCUCAAGGCCCGUGUGGAAAAGUUGAAGGAGGAGAGAGACGAAGAAGGCCGAGAGAAGAAGGGAGCCUUGAGUCGGCUGGAGGAGCUGAAGAAGGAAAUAGAGCAGCUCAGUCGGGAGCAGAGGAGGCGAGAGGAAGGCCACAAGGACAGAGAGAGGCUUCAGCUGGACCUGGACCAGUCGGACAAGACUAGGAAGCAUCUGGAGAAGGAGAACUGGAGGAUGACAAUGCUCCUGGACAAGAAGGAGGCCGAGCUGGAGGAGAAGGCCAGGCAGUUGGCGAGCGUGCAGAGGGACGUCCUAACUAUGAGCAGGGAGGCGGAUCGGCUGAAGGAGGCCACGCUCAAGGCCAAGGAAUGGGAGGGAGACUACAAGGAGCUGCAGAAACAAGCCACCAUGGACAAGAGGACUUUGGUUACUCUGAGAGAGGAGUUGGUGUCGGAGAAGUUGAGCGUCCAGCAGCACCGUGUGGAGUUGGAGAGACUCAAUGAAGAACUGGAGAAGGUUGGACUCACCCGAGAAAGACUACUGCAGCAGGAGCAGUCUCUGGAGGAAAGCAAAUACAAGCUGCUUGAAUCCCGACUUGAGGAAACAGUGCAACAGGCGAUGAAGAUGAAAGAAGGGAAGUUGGCCAGUCUGCAGAAGAAACUGGAGGAGAGCAACACACACAACACAACUCUGCGUGCACAGCUGGCAGCUGCUCUCCAGAAAGAAGAAGGUCACAACCUGCAGGAGUUCUCCAAAGAUGAGCGACGACACUCGGCCACCACUGAGUUGCUUCAUAUCAAAGAUCAUCUAAUUGAAGUGGAAAAGAGUUGUAGUGUGAACACAAUUUAA